AUGACGCUGGGUCUGAUCAAUGCGAACCCGGUGGUGCACGCUAAGAAGGAAAGAGUUGCCCGCACCGAAGAUCUUCAUCACUCCGACGUCGACGCCGUUGAUCCUCUCGACAUCUAUGAUUUCGUGAGGGACAUCAGAGAUCCGGAGCAUCCGUACUCGUUAGAGCAGCUCAGCGUGCUUUCCGAGGAGUCCAUCACCGUCGAUGAUAAGCUCGGCCGGAUUUUGAUUACGUUCACGCCGACAAUUCAGCAUUGUAGUAUGGCAACAGUGAUCGGACUAUGCCUGAGAGUUAAGCUCAAGCAAUGCUUCCCUCCUCAUUACAAGGUUGACAUUAAGGUAUUCCCAGGAUCUCAUGCAAACGAAGAAUCAGUUAAUAAGCAGUUGAAUGAUAAAGAAAGAGUUGCUGCUGCCCUGGAGAAUCCUAACCUUCGCCAACUUGUGGAUGAGUGCCUCUAUUCCAGUGAACUGUGACCAACACUCGAAACCCCCUGUACAGAACAGAGUCUUCAGUAGUUCAUAUGUAAUAAGAAAUUGCUUUGUUGUAUUAUCACUCUGCUUUUUUCCUCUAUCAAGGCGGUGUCACUUCCU